AUGAGUUUUGAUACAUAUGCAGCAUUCGAAGAAUCACUAAAAGCUUCAAGGACGCGGAAACGAAUUCCUAAUGUAAAUAAAACUGUUUUAAAGAAGGUUAUACAAAGCACAGACGCUUAUAAUCGUAAUCUACAAGAGCAAGAGAUGUGGUCUCGUCACUUCGCAUCAAAGGAAACUAGGAAUCGAGAUAGUUCACGCUCCAGUGACUCUGAUAGGAAUAAAAUCAGUAAACCCAAAAAAAGGAAAAAGAAGAAAUCCAGAAGAAGAGAAGAGAAUAGAACAGAUAAAAGAAUUGAAUCAUCUUUGAAAUCAAAAACACAAAUUAAUUCAAAUGCUGAUUCUGAAAUUGGGCCUUCAGUGAAUGGUUUUUUAACAGCAAAUAAUUUAAAAUGGGGACAUGAUGGAUACCAUGAACUUUAUGAAAAUGAAGACUCUAUCGAUUCUAAUAUUGAGGAUAAAAAAUUAAAAAAAAACAAAAAGAAGAAAAAAAGAAAGAAACCUAAAUCUGAAUCGAGUGAUUCAGACUCAAAUUUUGAUCGGAAGCGGAGAAAAAAAUCGAGAAAACAUUAA